UACAAAAUUGCUCAACAGCUAGGGGCAUCUUUUCCAAUCACUUUAAACCAUCCUGAAACAUAAAACAAUUCCCAGUAGUAUUAUUUUUUCAAAAAAUUCAAAAUUCAAUUAGGUAAUUAAAUAAAAUUAAAAAAUUUCAUUUCCUGCCCUGACAUCAUCGAAGCGGCACGUCCUUGACCAAUCAAAAGCCGCUACUCGUGCGCAACGCACCCCCCAAACCAGUUGGCAAACUAUCCAAAAAUGAUGAAAUUUGUCAACAAACUUUUAUCACCAAAAAUUCAUUCCGAUUUUCUGAAAAUGUUUUCUAUGGUACCUUCCUUUAUAAGUUUAAAUUAAAAGCUCUCAAAAUGUCAGUAGUAAGUGGUAAAUGCUAUGACUAAAAAUUUCGAUCGAGAUAUUGCAAAAAGCUUUUCCGUAAGUACCUUCCACUUUAUAUCUAAAUACAUAAGAUCUGGUAUUAUUUUUCUCUCAUGUGUUUACGGUGUAAUACGUGUGUGCGAACUUGCGAACCUACAACCUACAACUCGAAUAUCUUUUCCAAGAACAACCAAACGAUCCAAGACGACGACGACCAAAAUUAUGACUUCCCAUACGGCGAUCUGUGCAAAAUGUGGAGAACCUCUCAUCCCAAUUGAAAUUCAUAAUCAACUGCUUAUUACAACCUGUCGACACGUUUAUCACCAACAUUGCGUCAGCCAAGUACUUCGAGAUCGAGAUACACCUUACCAAAAUCCACGAAUUGUACGCUGCUCACAAUCAAGUUGUACUCGAUUCCUAUCGUCUAACGAUUUUUCAAGAAUUGACUUCACGUAUGUUACUUGUGAGCCACAGCAUGAGCAACCAGCACAUCCUGCGAUCAAUCAAAAUCAACUUGAUAUGCUCACCGGCCUGAAUAACCAACUUGAAGCCACAAUUAUGUCUAUGGCUGAAGAAAUGAAACAUCUCAAAAUUAGACUGGGAAAAGCUGAUAAAGAACUUGAAAACAUUAACAAUCGCUAUCACCACCUCAUGAACCAUCGAAUCAAUCAAUUAACAUCAUUAGGAGAAAGAAAUCCAGCAAAUUUCGUCAAUACUUCGAUCAUUCAACCUCAAACCAACUCGGCUUCAAACCAGCUCAACAUCAUACAAAUGCCUCUUCAUCACACAUUCUAUUUUGAUCGAGACAACCAACCCUCCUCCUCUUCAGCAUUGUCGAAUCAAUUCAAAGCACCACCACUGCCCCCUCCUUGGCCGCAGCCUCGCAAUGCUCCACCUCAUCGUGACAAUCUGAACGAUAAUUCAGGCUCAAAACGCAAACGAGAAAGUACAUCAUCUGAGGAUAAUUCUAAUGACAUUCAACAACCACUCGCCCCCCAUCGAAAAAAAAAGAAAUCCAAAGCCAGAAAACCUCCACCGAAACAAAUCAAAGGAACACCUGGAAAUAAGGGUGAUUACCACACUCGAUACCGCAAGCGAUACGGUACUGAUUCGAAGGAGCUUUUACCAUACUACCCUUUGAACUCAUACCCUCAUUCUUUCACCGCUGCGGGAUACGAAUUAGAAGAGGGCAUAUAUGUUGGCGCUUGGUUUGCGUUUAAUAUCUUAUUAAUCGGUGAUGGUCACAUUGCAUCGCUAGCUCGAUUUCUUGGAAUGGGAAAAGAAUACGAUAAAAUUUUGGAUCAAGGUUUAUACCGAAGAGACCUACUUCUUAAAGAUCUAAUUGAAUACCUCAACGAUUUCACCAGCCUACCACCAAGAAUCAUGUUGUCAAUCGGGAACUACGAUGUUCACGAAUUAACACCUUACCGAGAAUUUUACAAUGACAUGAACAAGCUGUGUCUCAUCUUACAGCGCCUAAAAGUAACCGAAAUUAUAUUAGUACCGCUCAUCUACCACCCUGUGAACAAUCAACGCGCGUAUGCAUGUAUCACACAAGUGUUGGAGAACAAUUGGGGCCUUUUAUUUGGAGCUGCAACUACACGCAUCACCGGAUUGUUCGAUGAAAUUCAUUCUGGUCACUGUUAUUUUGAUGACUUUGGACCAUACUAUCGUUUGGAAGAUUACGAAGAAGUUGCUACACGCAUACGAGAACAAUUCAUUCCAGCUGUUCUUCCUAGUCCCUCUGCCCUGCGUGCAGCACAGGCCGCUGCUCAAGCUGAAAAUGACGCUGCUGCAAAUCCAGUGCCAAACGAUCAAGCCGCUGCGAAUCCAGUGCCAAACAAUCAAGCUGCUGCAAAUCCAGUGCCAAACAAUCAAGCUGCUGCAAAUCCAGUGCCAAACGAUCAAGCCGCUGCGAAUCCAGUGCCAAACAAUCAAGCCUCUGGAGAAGACAACUUGCACGUAGACUAGCAAGAUAUCGCCUACCCUCACUAAAAUUUUGAAUUUAUCAGUUAGCUCACCUAUUAAAUCUUCAUCUGCCCAGCCUUGGAAGCUCAACACAUCUGAGACUUCUCAGGUUGAUUUUACAGAAUCUCCAUCAGAGCCCAAUACAUCGAAGACAAGCUGGUUGGAAAUCAUAAAUGAAGGAGAUGAAUUCGACGAAGCUGCUGAUAAAGUUCUUAAUCUCAUUGAAAAUCCACCAGAGACCCCCCCCCAUGUCGAUAUCGAGGAAGACAAAAAAUCCGAAAACAAGGAAGAAAAACUGAUUUGAUUAAAUCAAAAAACCACUGUUUCAAUUUGUAUCAUAUCAGUUCAUUUUUUUAAAUUAGCUUAACUUUUUUUUCACUGUGUAGCUACUAUUUUUUAGUUAAACUAAGUUUUCGCCAAUACAUUUAUGUUCAUGUUUAGUUCUAAUCUUUAUACAGGACCAUUUUUAUUUUAUGUUGAGAAGUAAAAUUUUUUAAUUUUCAA